AGAAAACACAGAGUGAUACUGCAACAAAUGAAAAAGAAAUGGAUAAAAUGAGAAAUGAAAUACAACAGCUCCGUUUUUCCAAUCAGAAAUUACAGCGACAUCUUCAAAGAAAAGAGGGAGAAAUAGAUCAACUAAAGAAGCUGCAUGUGAAAGAUGAAAGUUUGAGUUUUGAGCUCAGAGAGUGACUCAGCAGAGCAAUCUAAGACUGAUAGUGAUCCAAGUUCCCAAGGGUCCACUGAAGCAGAAAUUCAAAGAUUAAGAGAAGAAGUUGAAGAACUUACCAAGAUAAAUCAACUGAUCAGAGAUGAAAAGGAGGAGUUGGAAAACAUGUUGAAAAAAGACAAAGCUGACAUGAAUAGAGAGCUUAUUCAGAAAAAUGAAGCCUAUGAAGCAUUAGUAGAAAAUGUUAAGAUUUUAAGUACCUGUCUGCAAGAAGAAAAAGCUAGGUUUAGGAAUGCUGAUGAAAGACUUAGAAUAAAAGCAGAUGAUACAAGGAAGAUGUCAGCUCAGCUUGGCUCACUUAGACAACAGUAUGAAGAACUUCGCCAAGAAAAGAAUGCUCUAGAGAAAACCCGCUCGCUGGAAGAUUUCCCAAGUUUAAGAUUUACAUCACAAAGAACAGUGUCUUCUGAAAGGAACAGAUCAGGUGGCAGUAAUCGGUCGAGAGAGAAUGCACGAUACGGCUCCAGUCACUCAAACACCUCUCCGUAUAACUCAAGAAACUGUGGUUUAAACAUACACCCAGAAAACAGACCACAUAAAAAAUUUCAAAAUAAUUUGUCACUAGGAGAUCAAGAUGAACAAAAGCUGUCAAAUAUUCCAGGCUGGGAAUGUCCUCGUUGUUGGCAAACUUUCCAAAUGGAAAAUGUUUACCUAAUGCAUUUACAAUCAUGCAUUGAUUGAGAAUUUUUUCCUGUUAUAAUAAAACAUUUACAUAAUCAUGUUUUACCUGACAUACAGUAUUGGAUAUAAUUUGUCUUGAGAAAUCUUUUGUUUUCUAAUUAAUAGCAAACAGAAAAAAGCAUUUUUGAGGGAAUUAACUUUCUCCAAUUAUCAAAGAUAUGACAAUUAACAUUUAGCCAACUGAAACUGAAAGUGAUAAGCCUUUGCCAGGUCAGCAUGUAUGAAGUUUGAUGAGGCUAUAUACUGUUAGUAGCUCAGUUUUUGUGCAUGCUGAAAUUCAUUCAAUGGACUGUUCCACAUUUAAGACUAGACAGAUCCAUUACAAAAAUACAGCAGAUUAACAAG